GAGAAGCCCUGUGUCCUCGAGCUGAUGGAUGACGAUAUACAUGAGGCCCUGGAGGAGCUGCAGCUGGUACUUGGCACUCCACAGAGCAGCUCUGCCUUCGGGGCUGCAGUGGGCGAGCAAAAUGAAACUCUGAUAAAGAUCCAGGACGAUGCUGACAAAGCUGUUAUCAAAUUUGGAGAAACCAAAUUUAGUGUCACUGAGCCCAGCAAACCAGGAGAGUCCGUGGUCGUCAAAAUUCCAGUGGUCCGCCAAGGAGACACUUCAAAGGUUUCCAUUGUGAGAGUCCACACCAAAGAUGGCUCGGCCACCUCCGGAGAGGAUUAUCACCCCAUGUCAGAAGCCGAAGGACAUCUACAAAUCAGCUCCUCCACCUUCUGUAGUAAGGCCUGCUACUCAGGCUUCAAUAAAACCCAUCAUGAAGUCGAGUUUAAGGAAGGGGAAACCCAGCACAUCGUUGAAAUUGAAGUCGUCUUCGACGGGGUAAGAGAGAUGAGGGAGGCCUUCACUGUUCACCUAAAACCAGAUGAAAAUAUGGUGGCAGAGACGCAGGCAACCAAGGCCAUUGUAUAUAUAGAGGAAGUCAACAGCAUGGCGGAUGUCACCUUUCCCUCUGUCCCUCACAUUGUGUCCUUGCUGAUAUAUGAUGACACUUCCAAAGCCAAGGAGAACGCUGGGCCUGUGUCUGGCUAUCCCGUUGUCUGCAUUACGGCUUGCAACCCCAAAUAUCCAGACUACGACAAAACAGGCUCUAUUUGUGCCAGCGAGAACAUCAAUGACACUUUGACCCGAUACCGGUGGCUGAUCAGCGCUCCUGCUGGCCCGGAUGGUGUGACCAGCCCUUUGAGAGAGGUGGACUUCGACACCUUUUUCACAUCAUCCAAAACGAUCACGUUAGACUCCAUAUACUUUCAGCCUGGUUCCCGGGUACAGUGUGCGGCUCGUGCAGUGAACGCCGAUGGGAAUGAAGGCCUGGAACUGAUGAGCCCCAUCGUCACCAUCGACAGAGAGGAAGGUGAGAGAUGUUUCCCUGGGAAGGUCACUGAAACACUGCUGCAGUAUUGCAAAUACCUCAUUUCUGUGUAUAAAUUCCUCCAAAUAACCCUGUAUACCAUAGAACUCUACUUACAGACGAGCAUCCAUUUUUGCAAAAGUCUUCAUUAGAAAACAGUAAUUCCA